ACUGUACUUCCGCUUUACCGCAGCGUCUAGUCUACUGAUAGUAUUUCCUUUCUGUGAAACACGUUUUAUGGCAAAAGUUUGUUUUUCCAUUAUAAAAAUUGUUAGGAUCGAAAAUAUAAUUUUUAGUGUAAUAUGGCUGAUGGAGUUACUUCAAAGGUUCAAGAAUACAAAGAUUCUGUGAAACAGAAGUUGAAAGAUGAGUUUGCGAAAAUCACGUAUUCGAACACAAGGCCUACAGGUUUGACCAAAGCUGAAGAGUUGAUUUUGAAAGGAUUCCCUCAGAAAAUCGUUGAGUUGAAUGAGCUGCUGGAUAAACCCCAAUUCGACAAACCAAACCUGAGUGACGUACACCAGACGUUGAAUAUUCCUGUUCCAGAUCCGAUCGUCCUGGGCAAUAGCCUGGACCAUGCGGACCAGCCAGCCCCCAAGAAGCAGAGGCUGGAGCACGGCUUGGACCAAGUGUCGGGCACCAAGGUCAUGGCGCUCCCCAGCGGCUCCGUGCUGUGCAACAAGAACCUCACGGACAUGGUGGCCUUGGUGAAGCCUCACAUUCGCAAACUCAUCGAGGACGCCAACUUGCUCAAAAUGUGGAUUUCUUUUAUGAUUCCCAAAAUAGAAGACGGUAAUAAUUUUGGAGUGUCAAUCCAAGAAGAUACGUUGGCAGAAGUUCAGUCCGUAGAAUCAGAAGCUGCUGCAUUUUUUGAUCAGAUUUCUAGAUAUUUUGUAUCUAGGGGGAAAAUCAUUUCAAAGGUAGCAAAGUAUCCGCAUAUUGAGGACUACCGAAGAGCGGUGUCUGAAUUGGAUGAAAAGGAAUAUGUCAGUUUGUGGCUGGUGAUGUGUGAGAUUCGGAAUCGCUACUGCACACUUCACGACAUUGUCAUCAAGAACCUUGAAAAAAUCAAGAAACCUAGAACAUCAAACGCUGAUUCCCUGUACUGAAUUUUUUUUUUUUGCACACUAUGAGAACAAGGAAAGCAUUUGGGAAGAGAAACUAGUUUGCAAAUUGCAGAGGUGCAUUGUGUAUCUUUUCUGGCCCGACUGUGAUUAUCGCAGGCUCUGCAACACCGUGCGAGAACAUAUUUUAAUUUUUGAGAAACUCUUGUGUCUAAAUUUGUGUCAUACGUGUUGAAAUAUACUUAUCAAACAGAAUUGGUUUUUAAAGUAAUUUUUGGGUAAGUUUUUUAAUGGUUGACUUUUUUUUCCAGCUAUUUUGUACCUGAGAAACUUGUGUUGAAUUUGGUUUAACUUUUGAAGUAUUUUAUUCCAGUAUUUAUACUUCAUGUUGUAUGUGGAUAAAGAUUUGAUAACUUUUUGUUCUUUUUGAUGUGAUAAUUGAUUCCAACCAGUCCAGAAGCAAGUUUGCUAGACUAACAACUAUGAUUUUUGAAGCGUGAAUGUGCUUGUUUUUGAAGUUGAGUGAAUUAUAAUUCUAUACAUAAACAGAA